UUUUUAAACGACACCUGUUUUGAUCCGCUCACAGAGUAAAGAUGAUCUUGUCAUAAUUAGCAAAGGGAUCUAGUUUGAUGUAGUUACAAUGAGCUAAUGCUAACUUGUCAGGUUUGUUAGCGUGGGCCAGUUUAGCUGACAUUACGUCUAAUUAUCAAAAUUGAUUGCUGUUGAACUCGUGGACAGUGUGUUUAAAUUCAGUGUUUUAUUGUUAUUGGUAAAUAAGGACGUCCAAAUUAUAUUAGCAAUAAGAUGAACAGGUUGGCUUUUUUCCCAGUCCUACUGACCGACUCAUUUUUUGGAAAGGCAACGGUAUAAAAACUUAAUCUAUUUGGCUGGCCACAAGGAAAGAUGUGGCCCCAGAGAUACUCAACAGACGAUAACAUGUUCCGCCUAAUUGAAGAGCAUUAAGUAUAAGGAUUGUUAACAGGUGUUAGGACAGCCGCAAAUUUAAGUUGCGUCUUUGUUCGCAACUGUGAAACAAGUUGCUUUCUUCCAAAUAUUAUUUUUCGUUAUUUUUGAACAUAGACAGACAUUUAAAAUGAACUGUGAAAUGUCAGUCGACGAAAUGGAUGCAGUGGACCACCAUUAUACAAACACAAAAUUCGCCGAGAAAGACCACAGAACCUUUUACGUCUCCCACAUGUCGGGAAAUUUUAAUCAAAAUCUUGGUGAUGGAGGCGGAUGGAGACAGGUGGAUGUUCACCUGACUGGAGGCGCACCUUGGGGCUUUACUCUCAAAGGAGGUCUGGAGCAUGGAGAGCCCCUCCUAAUAACGAAAGUAGAAGAGGACAGCAAAGCUUCAGCCGUGAACCUCCAAGUAGGAGACGAGCUCGUCGUCAUCAACGAAAUUCCACUCAGUGGCUACCGACAGGAGGCCAUCUGCCUCAUUAAGGGCUCUCACAAGACACUCUCACUGGGAGUGAAAAGGUCAAUGAAAAUGGUGGACAUUGUAGCACAGAAAAUGCCACCAGAGAGCGACAUACAUGUGGCCAGGAACUUUCUCACGAAGAUUUUGCGAAGUUCAAUGAGAAAGAACCGCUUCAAAGGGAGGAAUGAACCCGUGAGCAGGCCUCACUCGUGGCACUCCACCAAGUUCAACGAGAGCCAGUCAGAAGCUUCUAAAACGCAGUCCUCACCCUUGCCAGUCUGGCAAGCAAGAUAUGAUGCAAGCUCAUCUUCCACGAACGUCUCUACUGGCUGGGACCAGACAAACCUGCGUAGAGUGUCAGACCAAUUCAGUUCCCUUGGCAGUAUGGACAGCCUAGAGCAUAGCACACACCCCUGCCCACCUGGACGCCUCUCUCCAGGCAAGUCUAACAACAACAGUGUGGAGCACCUUGGGGGUAGCAAACGUGACUCUGCCUACAGUUCCUUCUCCACCAGUUCAGGUACCCCAGACUAUACACUUUCAAAGAGUAACACUGCCUCCAUGGAGAAUGUGCUUUACAAGGUCAACCAGUGGGACUCAGGAGGUAGCAGGCACAGCAAUGGCAGGCACAGCCAUAGCAUGAAUGAGGGAGGUCGACAGGACGAAAGGCCAGGGAAUGUCCAGCCUCCCACAGGGGCUGGAGGUCAUGAUAGCCCCAGGUUGGAGGAGCAGCCAGGCUCACGACAUUCCACUUCUUCAAGAGCUAGCUUUGGACCUGUGUGGCAUAUCCCAGACAAGAAAAAGACCACAACCCCAUCUCCUCCUCCCCCUCCUCCUCCUACCCGCAGUGAUAGUUUUGCUGCCACCAAGGUCCAUGAAAAGGGUAAUAUAAUUGGGUACCCUGAGAGACCAGGGGUUCAGAGCACAGGCUUUGAGAGGAUGCCAGAAGAUCCUGACAACACUCAGAGAGCUUACCAUACCAGAGAGCAAGGCCACGAGCCCCGACGCAGUGCAAUUUCUAAGAGUGAUGCUCGUAAUCCUAAUGUUUCAGCUGAUAGCUAUAAUCAACACCUGAACUCAAACAGGACAUGCUCUCUUUCUAGCACUGAUGUACGAGUAGGGCCUCCUCCUUAUGCCCUUAUGGCCAAUCAUCAGCGACAAUUCAGUGAUGAGAGCACUUUCCAAGUACAGACUAGAGGCUCAUCUGCGCCUAAAUAUCAAAACAUCAGUGGUUAUUACAGCAGCAUGCAAGAGCUGCCUACCAACAGUCUUGGCCAAUUCUACGGUCACAGUGAGGAGAGAAUGCCCACUGCAUCCUUUUCCAGCACUGCCAUUGACCAGAACCCCGACAACCGUAGUCAUAGCCGAUAUUACCCUGUUGCCCCCCGGCAGCCUGCGCAGGUGCAGUCGCAGUCACAGUCCCAGUUCUCUCUGGAGAAAGGGGAGGACUGGAGAAGUGCUGCGAUCACAGAAAUGACACAAAGUGGAGGUGACAGACAUUCUGUUAGUUCCCAAGGAUUUAAUAAAGGCAAGUAUUCCUCACCACCGGCACAACAAAAUUACCCGACGAAUAAAGACAGCAAUGGGUAUUUCAAACAAGGAGACCACCCACAUCAUGAAUAUCCAGCUUCCUUGGAGUCCUCUUCAUUGUUAUAUCGUCCACCUGCUAAAGCAGGUGAUUCAUGGGGAAGUCAGAGGGGCAGCAGUGUACCCAGUGCUGAUAUAAAUUACAAGAGUUAUCCACAGAGCAGGCAAGCAGAGGAGAGGAAAAGUCCAGGAUCUCUCCAGGCUAAAGAGCCCUCACAGGUCUCUUCUCAGUCCAGAGACGAGAUUAAAAUAUGUCCUCAGAAAACACCAAUGCUGCAUUCACUGUCCCAGGAGAGUGACUAUGGAGAUAAACAGAUAAAGAUUAGCAGUGAAAAUUCGCUCCAGGAAUCCCUUGACCCUCAGAAUGUCAAACAGGUUAGACGUAAGGACCGCUUUGCCACCACUUUACGAAAUGAGAUUCAAAUGAAAAGGGCUCAGUUACAGAAGAGCCGUAGCGCUGCAACCCUGAGCGGUUCCACUGAUAUUGAGGAAGAAACAGAUGUUUGGAAGUCUGCAGAGAACUCCACUUCUUCUUCCGAUGGUUCUUUCACCAGCACCUACAAGGACAAUCUGAAAGAGGCCCAGGCUCGGGUUCUUAAGGCAACGUCUUUUCGGAGGAGGGAUUUGGAGCCAACACAAGUCGAGCACUCCGCAACCGAGGCCGGCUUCCGUGCCUCGACCCGGAAAGACGUUGCCCCUCUGCCGAUUCUUACGGAGGUCCCACAGAGCAAACCCGUGACUGCUGGCAGUCAGGUGUCACGCAUCGGAGGACGUAAACGCUUUACUGACAAGAAGUUGCGAUCUCUCUCUGAACCAGACAAAAUAAAUGAGAUGGGGGUUGGAGAGGACCUGCAUCCUCCUGAAAAUGCUUCAUCCUCAGGGGACCACUGGAAGGUCUUUGAGGGAACGCGAAAGCCCGCUUUCCCAAAACCUAUUCCAAAGCAAAACCUUCAAAUCUCUGAGGAUCACCGGUUUGCCCGGCCAGAAGGGGUACACCAUUCUUCUACGAAUGAACAGGUUUGGAACAAGAGCAAAGGUAGAAUGACACCCACGGAGCGCAGCUCUAAAGAGGGUCUGGAGUGUGCUUUACCCACAUACAAGCAAGCCCCACAGGAGCAACAGAGACUGGGCACUUUUGCAGAGUAUGAGGCUACAUGGAACAUACAGCGGAAACCUGCCGAGACAAGGGCCUCUGGAAGAUAUCACUCAGCCGAAAACAUCCUCGAUCCAGGGAUGGAAGAUAGGAGUAAGCCUGUGUGUGUCCAUGAGAGGUCCAGAUCCUCUCCCUCUGCUGACUUCUAUGGACAGAACAUCACAGUGCAAGGAAGGAAAUCUGCUGAACACUCCCAGCCAGAGAGCAAGCUCAAUGAUCAGCAGCGGUCUAGCUCAAGGUUUUAUGACGGAGGGCAGGGAGAGAGCAGAUCAAAAGAGAAAGUAACUGAGCUUGACCAGUUCCCACCACCACCUCCUCCUUUGUUUAUUAGGGAGGAUCCUGAAAAGAAAGCUUCUGAGUCCCAACCAGUUCCUAUCAGACCCCUACUCAAAGCUGCUGACCCUCCCCCAUAUUUCCCUGAUCAUUGCCCACCCAGUGAACACCUGUCCAUUGCCAAAAACAAGACCCCAGUCACCCAGAGACCAUCACUGCCCCGUGUGAACAAGCCUGAAGCCCACGAGGUCACUCCACCCAUCAGCAGCUCCCAGGAGUCCCUGCCUAGCCCUCAGGGCAGGGCCUCGAGCUCCCACUCCCCUGGCCUUGAGUCCAACUCUGUCCCUGCUCCUGCCCCGAAGUGUCGAAAGGACGAAGAGUGGACCAAAAGGCCAAAGAGUGAGGAGGAGCACCAAUCAGAGCCUGUUGCUCCUUUGCCACCUCCUCCUCCUCCUCCUCCUCCUCCUCCUCCUCCUCCCCCCGUCCUGCCUCCCUACCAAGCUGCCGGACUGACCCAUCCCACUAUGGAGGGGCUGCGUUCACCCUCACCACAGUUUGCUCCCCAGAGAAUGACCAACAAACCUCCCGUCUUUGUAUCACAGCAGGAUGAAACCUCUGGAAGGAUGGAGAACGUGACGGAGAACAACACCACAGUGAAAAAAGUACCCAUUAAGAUAGUUCACGCCGCGAGCGGCUCGGACAGACAGUCCCGGCAGUAUCUCCACUUACAAAACGAAUCCCCCGCAGACUCUCAGGGGCCAAACGUAACUCCACUCAUCGGCCUCGGGGCCCCCGAACAGUCACACUCAUGCUUUUCUGCCUUUACGAGACAAAGGGACCCGGGACAUGAAACUAGAGACGCGACCCCGGCUCCUCAGAGGGAACCGGGGCCGGCGAGCAACACGCACGCGCAGCCCGCAGUCCCCAAACACCGGCAGGAAGACUCGUCAGCGGGCGCCCAGCAGUCGAACUGUAACGGUGUCUCGGCGGUCAGUGCCCUGUCCCAGUCGGUAGAGGAUGAAAAGAGAGAGGAGUUAGCCAGAGAUAUUAUGGACAAAGACAAGUCUCUGGUGGACAUACUGGAUCAGAGGAAGAUGAGGACAACCAUGGACCUGAUGGAGGGGAUUUUCCCCCAGGGAGAGCAGCUGUUGGAAGGGGCUCAUCAGCGCAGGAAGGCAGCACCCAAACAGACCUCUCCUCGCUGCUCUGACGAGAGGAAAGAGGAGGACAAUAUGGCGGCAGCUGCCUUGGUAACCAGUUCAACUUACUACAGCACGUCAGCACCGAAGGCUGAGCUCCUGAUUAAAAUGAAAGACAUGCAGGAGCAGAACACAGAGCACGACUCAGAGGAGGAACUAGAGGAGGACAGUGACCUGGCCAACAAAAAGCAUGAAUUGAUUGACAGCCUGAGCAAGAAGCUCCAGGUGCUGCGGGAGGCUCGGGAGAGUCUACAGGAGGACAUCCAGGACAACAAUGCCCUGGGGGACGAGGUGGAGGCUACGGUGCAGGCCGUCUGCAAACCCAACGAACUGGACAAGUUCCGCAUGUUCGUGGGCGACUUGGACAAAGUGGUGAGCCUGCUGCUGUCCCUGUCCGGCCGGCUGGCCAGAGUGGAGAACGCUCUCAACAGCUUAGAGGAGGACGCAUCACCAGAGGAGAGGCGAACUCUGACGGAAAAACGCAAGCUGCUGAUCCGACAACACGAGGACGCCAAAGAGCUGAAAGAGAACUUGGACCGUCGGGAGCGAAUCGUUUACGACAUCCUGGCCAACUACCUGCAGGAGGACAGCCUGGCCGACUACGAGCACUUUGUCAAGAUGAAGUCGGCGCUCACCAUCGAGCAGCGCAAAUUAGAGGACAAGAUCAAACUAGGGGAGGAGCAGCUUAAAUGUCUAACGGACAGUCUUCCUGUGGAUCAGAGAAUGACAGCCAUGAACUGACAGAAAUACGACCCGCUCGCUCCACGAACGAGAACCGACAUUCCUUUGUUCAGAAAUGCUCCGAACACCAUUUGACCCGUUAAUCUCCUAAUUCCGCCACAAAAAAAAAAAAGACAAUUAUGAUCAGCGACCAGUUUGUCCCCACGGCGCAAUCUGAUUGUUCUCUCUCUCUCUCUGCCCCGGGUGUCUCCUGAGGACUUUUGAGAUGACAGGCAGUGCUGCACACUUUUUAACAGCACUCUGAAAACUUUGUGUCGACGUAUGUUAAAGCUUUUGGACCACUGACCGUAUCAUAACCACUCUCUGCUCUUGAACUGUUGUAUUACACUUUUUAAAGUGCAUCGAGUGUAAAAAAAAAAAUAAUAAUAAAGCUAUUGCAGUAGAACACCAGUUUUUAAAUGGUUAAAAAAAAAAAGUACUUUCUUAAGACCUCACCAAUGUUUGUAUCCUGUGGGUUCUCUACGUAGUUAGAACUGCAGUGCUUGAGUAUUUGUUGCUACAGUUGUAACUGCAAUGUUGGACUGUGAUCUGAAGUGAUUUGCAGUUUUGACAAGACACUCUGAAAUCCCAACACUGUAUGUUUGUUCUGUAACCACUAGGGGGCCAUGUGAGACAAUCUGACAAAUAGCUACCCGAGGCAAUGAGCCACUUGUUACACUGUUUCACAUACACAGUCUGUUGUAAUGAUUUUUAAACCCGUCAAAUUUAAAGAUUCCACCUAUGUAUGUUCGUACCUGUAUCUCACGCGGUGACAAGAGAAUACCACUGAAAUAUUUUUCUGGGAGGAUAAAAUGUCCAUAAAUGACUUUUCAGAUGGUGCAUUAUUUUCUGUGGCGUCGCUCACUGUCCUUGUAUUAUUGAAGAUAAUUUUUUUUUUUUUUUAGUAAUUUAUUGUAGCCUUUUGAAACUGUACAGUACCUAUAAUUAGAAUAGGCUAGUCUUUUACCCUUGCACCUGAUUUAGCAAAGCAAAUGAUCUCUAGCCUUAAUGCUUUUAUAGAUGCUUAUGACUGCUCUGUCAGCUAUAAUAAGGAGUUAACAUUGAUAUUGUAUGCUUUUAUUGUUGAGUCAGAGUGACCUGCCGAAACCCAUUAGCCUGUUAAUUCACUGAGAAAUGAAUGCUUGUCUAUAAAAAUGCUGUUGCCUUUCACCCGGA